AUGUAUAAUAAUUCCAACCACUGGGAUUCAUAUUCUACACUAGAUGAGAUAAUAUCUAGACCGACUGUUUUUGAUAAUGAGACUAACAAAUCAUCUCCUUCUCCAGAGAUACAUUGGAACACACAAACUCACCAUAAUCACCCUUUAUCGGCACAAUUUUCUGCUCAUAAGAGACAACUCAUUGCACAACAAGCAGUCAUUGCAGCAGUAAAUGCUUCAAGAAAAGUUGCUAACGCUAAGAAAUUGAAAAUUGAUAAAUCAAAUAAUUCUACACUAGACCUAAAUGCAAAAGACAACUAUAAAAAAUCGAUUAAAAGUUUCCAGGUACGUCGUCACAGAAUUCCAAGAGUGUUAGCACAAAUUUCUGUCCCAGAAAUGAUUAAAUCAAUGAAACAAAGGCAUCAAAAUAACGAACAUGGUAGCAAACCACCUUACCCAUAUGCCACUUUGAUUCUUAUAGCACUUUUACAAAAUGACCUUAAUAGAUUGACAUUGUCUCAAAUUUACAACUGGAUCUCUACAAGAUUUCCAUAUUUUACAAUGGAUCAAGCCACAUGGCAAAAUUCUGUGAGACAUAACUUGUCCCUAAACUCUGCUUUUGUAAAGACAAUUAAAUCACCAGAUAAGAAAAGUUAUUUUUGGGGAUUCCAAAGAGGUCAUGAAUCUAAAUUCUUCAAAGAUUUAGAGCUUACCUUUGAAGAAUUGAAAGACAUAGCAAAGAGUCUUGAGCAAUAUUUCUAUCCUUUACCAUCAAUCAAAGUUAAUGCGUCGCCACUAACUGAAUCAAAGGAUCCAAAUUUUACUAAAAACAGCAACCCACUUCCAACUCCCCCAAAUACUGACGAUCAUGAAAUGAACGUUGGGUUAGGUCCAGCUUUUGAUGUGUUAGCUUCAACUCCACCUAAAAAUUCAAAAAAUAAUGAGAAAUCUUUAUUAAAACCAAUAAAAAAUUCAAUGGAGGGCGAACACAUGAAUACAAAUGCCUGUAGCAUUGAUGAAAGACUUGAUGCUCUUAGAACUCCUGAAUUCAAAAACCACGAAUCUUUAAUUUGUUCCCCAUUAACACCGAACAAAUUAGAAUCCAUUCAUAAUUCGAACUUGAUUUUUUUCCAAAUUUGGAACCAAGGACAUAGUUUUUAA